AUGGGAACUGGCUUCUUACCCUUUUGGGCCCUGCAGCUGCUGGCAAAAACACGGGAUCUGCAUGGAGAACGACUGGAUUUACUGGGAAGAAAUGAUAAAUAUGUGUCCCUGGUCAACUUCAGCAUCCCUCAACUCUGUCAGUUCACAGUGUGCAUUGACCUAAACCGGACAGCCAAUGUCAGCUCGUGGGCAGCAUUUUCCUAUGACACUGACACCACCUCCACUGACAUAAGUGACUUAGAACUCGGGCUCUCUGGAGAAAACAAGCACCUGAGACUGUAUCUUUUUGGCACCAAACGAGACAUUGAGAUCGACCUGGCCCUUUUUGUGUGGUAUAGUGUGUGCUGCUUGUGGGACACCAGGAAGCAGCUGCUGGAGGUCUACUGCAAUGGGAACCUGGUGCACAGGGAAGCCCUGGGCAGUGCGGGGUGCCUGAAACCCAACGGCAGCCUCGUGCUGGGCCACCUGCACAAGAGGAGGGAUGGCUUCAUCGUGAGGAUCAGCAACAGCUUCAUCGGCAGCUUGUACUACUUCCAGCUGUGGGACCAUGUGCUGGGUCAGGAGGAGCUGCUGGGCUGUGCCAUGGGCAGCACUGUCAGCUGGAAGGAGGAGUACUGGAAUUUCAGCAGCGUCCUCCCCGUCGCGGACCCUCGGCUGCGCUGCGACAGGGGAAGGUGCACCUGGCUGUAGUUCAUGUGGAUUGUCCAUAUGGG